AUUACCCUAUUAGGCUGCAAUCCGAUGUUGUUUCUUGAUCGAUUAACACUGCAAUGAGGGCGUUUCCUGCUGAAAGCUUUCGUUAGAGCACGGCUUCUCUCUUUUAGUCACUGUUUUGUUCAUUAGAGCAAUCUUUUGCGCUUGCAGGUUUGAUCAUGAUCUCUAUGGCGAGCGCAGGCUCGGCCUUUAGACCUUACUAUCGCCCUGAGUUUAUUCCAGCUCCUGAACCGCCUUUGAGAAAGUUGUACUCGGACCCGGAACCGGCAGCCUCUAGCCCCGUCGAAAAUGGCUCGAACAAGGCUAGACGGAAGCGGACGACGUUUACGCAACAUCAGGCCACUGUUUUAGAAAGGGAAUACCUCUCUGAGCACUACAUGAUCCGCGACAAGCGGGCCCAACUAGCCGAAUCGCUGGGGCUUUCCGAGGCGCAAGUGAAGACGUGGUUCCAGAAUAGGCGAGCCAAAGAUAAGAGAGAAAAGAAAUCUGACAGCCCACAUAGUGCCACAAGCUCAGCCGACGUUUCUGUCAAAGAAGAACGACUGGACACUUCUCAGACAUCAUCAGCGAUAUCGCCAUCACCGCCCAUGAAUCCAGCUUCAACUCCACCGCCUCAGCUGAAACCUACUCCAUCUCCUAUACUACAGAAUCACCACGUUCUGUCCAACCUACUACAAGCAGCACCUCUGCCAGACUACACAAACUACCUCGUUCACCUAGGUCUUGCACCCAUUGAUGCGCUGUCACCCAUGAACCCAGUCGUGCCAAAAACCGAACCGUUCUGUGGAGACGGUGCCACUAAAGAUAUCUACAGCAUCCCUUCCAUGUAUGAGCAGAGCUUUGGCUCCAUCUACGGUCACAUUCCCAUAAGUGCUAGUGCCAUGACCGUAACUCCCACUAGCUAUGCUCCCGAACCUCUGGCACCGGUGGAGAACCACGACACGAUGUCUACAGAAAACACUCAGCUCACGUCGCUUUGAUCUCGUCCCAAGGACUAAUUUUGUACAAAUUGCCAAUAUUUGAACUGUCGUCGUAGUUCGUCGGUGUUUCUAUUUCGACUAUUAUUGUUUCGAAAUCUGAUUACUCUUUCCAAUGUACAGAUUUACUGGUAGAAUCAUUAACGCAGCUCUGUUUUUAUGCAUCGAGUAUCGAUUGCCACAUAUCUGCUGUUUGAUACAUUGUCUGAGCACUUUUAACUUUUUAUACAAGCAUAAAGUUUGCC